UUCAGUGUUGGCUGUGGCAGCAGGUAGCAAAGUGAUCUCGAAGACUUGAGGGGGCUCCAGUAGCCACCGCGGCUGGACAGCGAGCAGUCACCAUGGAAGGGAUCAGUAUUUACACUUCAGAUAACUACACGGAGGAAUUGGGCUCAGGGGACUAUGACUCCAUGAAGGAGCCCUGCUUCCGGGAGGAAAAUGCCCAUUUCAAUCGCAUCUUCCUGCCCACCAUCUACUCCAUCAUCUUCUUGACUGGCAUAGUGGGCAACGGGCUGGUCAUCCUGGUCAUGGGUUACCAGAAGAAACUGAGAAGCAUGACGGACAAGUACAGGUUGCACCUGUCCGUGGCUGACCUCCUCUUUGUCAUCACGCUUCCCUUCUGGGCCGUGGACGCUGUGGCAAGCUGGUACUUUGGGAAGUUCCUGUGCCAAGCCGUCCACGUCAUCUACACCGUCAACCUCUACAGCAGCGUCCUCAUCCUGGCCUUCAUCAGUCUGGAUCGGUACCUGGCCAUCGUCCACGCCACCAACAGUCAGAGGCCAAGGAAGCUGCUAGCUGAGAAGGUGGUGUACGUUGGUGUCUGGAUCCCAGCUCUCCUGCUGACUAUCCCUGAUUUCAUUUUUGCCAACAUCAAAGAGGUAGAAGGGAAAUACAUCUGUGACCGCUUCUACCCCAGUGACCUGUGGUUGGUUGUAUUCCAGUUUCAACACAUCAUGGUCGGCCUUAUCCUGCCAGGGAUUGUCAUCCUGUCCUGUUAUUGCAUAAUCAUCUCCAAGCUGUCACACUCCAAGGGACAUCAGAAGCGCAAGGCCCUCAAGACCACGGUCAUCCUCAUCCUGGCCUUCUUUGCCUGCUGGUUGCCCUACUACAUUGGGAUCAGCAUCGAUUCCUUCAUUCUCCUUGAAAUCAUCAAGCAGGGAUGUGAGUUUGAGAACACUGUGCACAAAUGGAUUUCCAUCACUGAGGCCCUGGCCUUUUUCCACUGUUGUCUCAAUCCCAUCCUAUACGCCUUUCUGGGAGCCAAAUUUAAAACUUCCGCUCAGCAUGCACUCACCUCAGUGAGCAGAGGAUCCAGCCUCAAGAUCCUCUCCAAAGGAAAGCGGGGUGGACAUUCUUCUGUUUCAACCGAAUCAGAAUCUUCAAGUUUUCACUCUAGCUAACACUGAUGUCAAAGACCUUUAUAUACAUAUAUAUAUAGAGAACUUUUUUUUAAGUUACACAUUUUUUUUCAGAUGUAAAAGACUGACCGAUACUGUACAGUUUUUAUUGCCUGUUGAACUUUUGUCUUAUGUUUCUUUAGUUUUUUUUGUAAGGUUUAAUUGACUUAUUUAUAUAAAUAUUUUGUUUCAUGUUGAUGAGCGUCUAGGCAGGACCUGUGGCCAAGUUGUUAGUUGCUGUGCAUCUGGUUGUAGGACUGUAGAAAGGGAACUGAACAUUCCAGACUGUGUAGUGAAUCACGUUAAGCUAGAAAUGACCCUCAGCUGUUUGUGCAUAAAUAAUCUCUUCAUUCCUGUGGAACAUCUCUCUUGGUUUUGUUUUUUCUAUUCUUAAAUUGUUUGGUUACACUCUGAUUUUUUUCUGUAGAAGAUGGCACUUAUAACCAAAGCCUGCAGUGGUAUAGAAAUGCUGGUUUUUCAGUUUUCAGGAGUGGGUUGAUUUCAGCACCUACAAUGUACAGUCUUGUAUUAAGUUGUUAAUAAAAUAACAUGAUAAAAUUA